UAUUCAUUUUAAUAAUCAAUUGCGGUAAAUGUACUCAUUGGGAAUGCGUGACAUAAUAUACAUUUCUCCGGAGUGAAUAUAUAAUCAUCUAGACAUGGCGUACGAAGGGUACAAAACUUUCAAAGUUGAAAUCAAGGGUGGUGUUGCGUGGGUUACAUACGACUUUCCACCAGUCAAUGUACAAGGAAAACCAAUGCUGGAUGACCUUAACCGGUUAGCAGAAGCACUGGAGAAAGAUCGUUCGAUUAAAGUUGUUGUCUUCCAGUCGGCCCAUCCCGACAUCUUUGUCUGCCAUGCCGACAUUGACAUGCUCUGUGAGAUUCCUGCAAAAGAAAGAAAAAUGUCGGAACCGAUUUUGUAUCUGCAGGAAGUACUGCAGCGUAUAAGCAGCCUUCCACAAGCUACAAUCGCCAAAGUUGAAGGAAUGGCACGAGGAGGAGGUCACGAGUUCAUGUUAGCCUGCGAUAUGAGGUUUGCAGCACGAGGUAAAGCAGUAUUCAUGCAGAUGGAGGUUGGAAUGGGAAUAGUGCCCUGUGGUGGUGGAACCCAGCGCUUAGCUCGUCAAGUUGGUAUGGGUCGCGCAAUGGAAAUCAUUCUCGGAGCUCAUGACUUCGAUGCUGAUCAAGCGGAACGCUAUGGAUCCAUCAACCGUGCAUUGGAUCCAAACGAAAUUGGACCCUUUGUUGAAGAACUUGCCAACCGUAUUGCGAAGUUUCCUGCUGGUUCUAUUGCAGCCUGCAAAAAGUGCAUUUUUGCAGCAGUUGAUACUCCCAUCGGCGAAGGAUUGAAGGUUGAAGCUUACCAGUUGGGUCAGGCCAUGGCGCAGACGCCGGCAGCCAAAAGAUUUGCCUUUGGAAAAGAACAAGGAAUCCAGAAUGACCUUGAAACUCAGAAGAACUGGGACAAAGGAGUAAUGGACAUUCAAAACAUUCAGUAACUAACAUGUACUUUAUUGUAGCUUUGACCAGACGGCAAUGGAUGUGAAAAACACGUUUAUUUACUUUUAAAAAAUAAAGAAAAGGAUAAGAACA